GGCACUGCGUCGCAGUGUUUAUGCGGUCCGGGCGUGACUCAGAUCGCGCGGUGUUACUAUGGGACAGUGCUUGUCCUCUCGCGCUGAUGAUCUCUAUUGUUUCUGAUAUCCAAGUGGUCUCUUUUCGGGCAGGCCUCUCUGUGCAGCCUAUUCAGUCGCUCCCCCACACAACCGCAAAGAUUGCAAACAGCAGAUCCACGCUGCGGGCUUACAACCUUCUACUUGACAGUAAUCAACCUGCAAACAACAGGAGAGUCGACGCUCGCGUUUCUUAGACGCUCGCCGAAGAGCCUGGUGUAUGAAGCACAGUCACACGGCCAAUGCUAAGAAUAGGAUCUUCAUGCGGUUCCGCUCCCUCUUACUCAGCCUGCGCUCCACCGCGGGGGUCAGCAAGGAGGUGGCCAGGCCUGGGCUGACCUGCAGCACCCCGGCCCUCUGCGCCUCCUCCUCCCGCUCCUCCUCCUCCUCCCCCUGCUCCGUGCUGCUGUGCGACAGGACCCGCCUCCUCAGGGCGGGGGCCGGGCCGACGCCCCGUUCCCCCGGUGACGCCCCGGGGGGGCUCGGCUCGGAGCCAAGGGGGGGUGGCGUGGGCAGGGUCAGGCCUGAGGCCCUCCUGGUGGCAUAACUGGAAGAGGCCCUCUGGCAGUCAGCACAUGGGUUCUAAGUAUUUACGCCAGAGCCUCGAGCCCCGAACACACACCAGAUGGCAGCAGACUUCCUUGGAGCGCGUGGAGCUGUCCUUGGUGCUGAAAUGCUGAAAACAGGAAGAGUAGUUGGCAGCAGACGUCAAUGCUUCGCAGGACUUGUACACUGGAGCUCCGUGUUGCCUAGACUUCAGACCGCCAUGCGUCCACAGCGUGAUGGAGCAGUGCCGAACACCGACGUUGGUCUGAGGGACUGAGUUUCGGCUUUUUCCCCCUCGAAAUGGAAAAUACAAACAACACUACGUAUUCGGACGGGCCCGGCAGGAAUGAAACCGUAACGGCGUUAGCCGACGUGGCGCUAAGUUACCAGGUUGUCACCUCUCUGUUCCUCGGAGCGCUCAUUCUCAGUUCCGUAUUUGGGAAUGCGUGUGUGGUCGCGGCUAUCGCUCUGGAGAGGUCGCUGCAGAACGUGGCGAACUACCUGAUUGGGUCACUGGCCGUCACGGACCUGAUGGUGUCGGUGCUCGUAUUGCCCAUGGCGGCUCUUUACCAAGUCUUAAACAAGUGGACCCUCGGACAGGUAACUUGUGACAUUUUCAUUUCUUUGGACGUGCUGUGUUGCACGUCGUCAAUACUUCACUUGUGCGCAAUAGCUUUGGACAGGUUCUGGGCGAUAACCGACCCCAUUGACUACGUGAACAAAAGGACUCCCAGACGAGCCGCUGUCUUAAUUAGCCUCACCUGGCUAAUAGGGUUCUCCAUAUCUAUCCCGCCGAUGUUAGGGUGGAGAAAACCCGAGGACAGGGCUAACCCAGACGCCUGCACCAUCAGCCAAGAUCCCGGCUACACCAUCUAUUCGACUUUCGGCGCUUUUUACAUCCCUCUGAUUCUCAUGUUGGUCCUUUACGGGAGGAUAUUUAAAGCCGCCAGGUUCCGAAUUCGAAAGACAGUGCGGAAAACCGAGAAGAAGAAAGUGUCCGAGAAAUGUCCGACGGUGUCACCGGCUUUCUUUCACAAGAAGACAAACGGGGAGGCGAACAAAAACUGGAAGCGGAGCGUGGAGCCCAAAUCGAGCUCGUGCGUAAACGGCGCGGUGAAGCACGGCGAGGACGGCGAGUCGCUGGAGAUCAUCGAAGUUCAGAGCAACUCCAGAAGUCACCUUCACCUCCCCAACACUCCUCAGUCAGCGCCGUGCUUCGAGAACAAGAACGAGAAGAACACGGACGCCAAGAGGAAAAUGGCCCUGGCCAGGGAGCGCAAGACAGUCAAAACACUUGGAAUAAUCAUGGGAACGUUUAUCUUGUGUUGGCUGCCCUUCUUUAUCGUGGCACUAGUUUUGCCGUUGUGUGGUGAGAGCUGUUACAUGCCAGAGUCUCUGGGAGCUGUAAUAAACUGGCUUGGUUACUCGAACUCUCUUAUGAACCCAAUAAUAUACGCCUACUUCAAUAAAGACUUCCAGAGUGCUUUCAAGAAGAUUAUUAAAUGCAAGUUUUACAGACCAUAAACGGUUAAACGCUUGUUCAUCUUCGUGCGGUAAAGCAGAUGAACUUGGACCAUGUGACUGUAUGUUUAUUUAUUUUUUCUCGUUCAAGGAAUGCUGAAAUGUACCGAAAGAGUCAUCUUUUAAUAACGUAAUCCAUUUCAGACUCCGAUCUUUCCACGAUCUAUCCACGUGCUUCGGUGAUCAACUAAUUCAGCACAGAAUAAAAUCUAUAAAAGUAACCCCAAAUACCGGGUUGGACUUUAGAUUUUACAGGUUACUGAGGCAUGGAGACAUGCAGUACGCUGGGUUUGUGUAUUUCGUGUUACACAUCUGCAACGCAUCGUUGUAUUUCCACUUAAGAUAUAUCCUACAGUCAGCGUGAUGAUUUCCAACAAUGUAAUCAUUUUAUUGGGAAUGGAGGGUUUCCAUACAUGACCAUAAUUAACGUCAUUUAUGCUUCGCAGAACUGAAAUAA